CUAUUGGUAGGGCAGUGAGCCCAGGGGAAUGAAAGGGCUUUUGCCUGUUGAAAGUCAUCCUUCUUUGAAGGGUGAAGUAGGAUAAUGAGAUGGGAAUGUUAAAGAGGAAGGAGCUGAUUUGAGGUUCACACCAUGGAUUAGUCUGGGACCCCAUUUGUUUUCCAGUGCUGUCAGUGUGGUGAAUUUCCUUGGACAGCCACCUUCUGCACACUGCAGGGACCUCAUGCUUCACCUUCAGGUGUUUCUGCUCACAAAGCAUCCUUUCACGUGUAUUACAAUUAGAUUGCUUUAGGAAACUGUGGAAGUCAGUCAACUUGACUGGGGGAAAGCACACAAUGUUCCUGUCAUCAAGAGCUGUUGUACUGUGUUCUGUUGUCAGCUCUUCACUUCCUGUUAUCCCAUGUUGCAGAGGCUCCAUAAUGAGGAGGUUUGCAUGAGAUGUUGGCUGGAUUUGGCCCAAAGAGAAGCAGCAAAUGCUAGUCAGCACUCAGGUGGUUGCUUUGGGCUGAGGUCAUGCUAAGGAGGUGCAGGAGAAACACCAAUAAUUUUCUGUCUGACUGAUGGGAGGAACUGAAUCCUGUCUCUCAUUACUGGUGCUUCCCCUUGUUUGGUCUUCUGAUUUCUCAUAAAAACAGAUAUUCCUAUAUUCCACAUGGUUUUAUUUCCAUUUCCACCAGUCAACAGCUGUUUGCAAGUAGGCUUGUUUUUCCCAAAAAUGAAAAAUAGUGUUUUAUUGUUUUGAAUGUACAUUGAAUGUUUUGAAUGUACUUUCAAUGUUUUGAACGUUUGCCUCUGUACUCUUAGUGUCUGUGCUCUUUCUUACCCUUCAUUUAGUAGCAAGGUUUAGUCCUUGUUGCAGCAAUCUGGAGGUAAUUUCCAAGUAUGUUUUCCAGGAUCUUACCUUGCCAAGAUGCCCGUCAAUGUUGAUGAUGUGAUGCAGCUGUUCUGCCACCUCUCCCAGGAAAAGGGGAUGAAAGCUGCUGUCAAGCACUCUGGUCGAGGUGCACUGCUGGCAGGUGCAACAGCUUUUAUUGGAGGUCUAAUGGGAGGUCCACCUGGAAUUGCUGUAGGAGGAGCAUUUGGUGGCUUGCUUGGUGCCUGGAUGACAAGUGGACAGUUCAGGCCAGUCCCUCAGAUUUUACUGGAAUUGCCUCCUGCUGAGCAGCAGAAGCUCUACGAUGAAGCCAUUGUUAUUCUCAGGCGCUUAGACUGGACUGACGUUGCUCAGCUGACUGCUCUUGUAAUGGGAAAUGCUAGUCUCCAGCAGAAGUUGACAGCAGUGCUGAUAAAUUACCUCUCCAAAGAGCUAAGAGCAGAGAUACAGUAUGGAGAAUGAACCUUUCCAGAGCAGGCUUUUUACAGUGUAAGGAAUUUUACUUUGACAGUCACAUACUUCAACACAACAAUUACUGGUUAUCUGUACUAAUUAUGAACAUAGGCCAAUCUAAGUAUUGUUUUGGGGUUGAUGUUUGGGGUUUUGUUUGCGGGUUGUUGAGAAGGGGUGUGUGUGUGAGGAUGAGAUUAAUGCAUUAUCCUGCCACUGACUUGCUACGUAAUGUUGAAUUACUCUGCACUUGACUGAAUUCCGAAUCACUGCAGGGAAUUAGGCAUCUCUUACAUUAAUGUAUCACUAGUUAAAAUUUCCAAGUGACUGUGUUUUAUUUAGGGGAUAUAAUCAUGUUUAAGUGCUUUACCUCUCUUCUGUGAAUGCCAUAUAGGUGUUGCCAAAGUAGGUAGGGCACUUUGAAGAAUUUUACCUUGUUUUUUUUUUUUACCUGAUUUGGUCCUACAAAAGAGUUACAAGAAAGUACAUUACUGUGAACUCGAACAUCUCCAAAGUACUCUCUUUAGUCUUUGUUGCUUUUAAGCUGUAAAUUCUUGAGUUAUUUAUUCCUUUCUGUAAGAAGUGAAUCCAAUGCCUAAACAAGAUUUAAGGCAACAGGUAAACAAACCAUUCACAAUUAGUAAUUCCUGGUGUCCUGGAAUGGGAAGGCAUAGCAAGAAUACUCUUUGAGUUUAAAGAGGGGAGUUGAAUCUGCAGUUUUUGUACUAUACCAGGAUAGGGUUGUCAUUUCAGCACUGGUUUCUUGACUGCCUCUGAACAGAUGGUCCGCUGUUUUCAUUAAAUUAUUGUCAAGAAGCA